UACACAUAGGAGACGGUUCCUGUACUUUUAUACCUUCAGUAAAUAGUAAUACAAUCCCUGUUUUUUAGUUUAGUAGCUACUGCGCUUUCUUGUGGUUAAAGUUGAUGGUAUAUCGUAUGAUACUGCCCGUAAUGAAGAGCUCAGGGCUCCUGGCAUAUUUACUGCUUAAGCUAGACUUCAGUCCGCAUGUACAAUGCAGUUACUGAAUUAAACGUAGUCUUUUUUAUCCAGUACAGCUCCAGGUCCUGUUUGCAGCUCAUCAUGCAGGCGUCACGUUUUGCACACGUGGACGGCGUGGACUGUAACGCUACAGCUGCAGGAGACUCCAGUAACGAAACCAAAACACACUUCCGAGUCUGUCGGUUCAUCCUAGAGACUGGAAUAAAGUUGGGUAUGCGAUCUGUUCCUGUAGCUACUGCCUGUUCACUCUACCACAAGUUCUUCCAGACUGCCAGUUUACAGGUCUACGAGCCAUACUUAGUAGCUAUGUCCUGCAUCUACCUUGCGGGCAAAGUUGAGGAACAGCAUCUUAGGACAAGGGACAUUAUCAACGUCUGUCACAGAUAUUUCCGCCCAGGAAGUGAUCCACUGGAGCUGGAUGAGAAGUUCUGGGGGCUGCGAGAUAGUGUGGUACAGUGUGAACUCCUCAUUCUAAGACAACUCAACUUCCAUGUGUCAUUUGAGCAUCCUCACAAGUACCUUCUGCAUUACCUACUGUCUGUUGGGAGUUUGCUGAACCGUCACGCUUGGUCUCGGACCCCAAUUGCUGAGACAGCCUGGGCCUUGCUAAAAGACAGUUAUCAUGGAUCAGUGUGUGUGCGGCAUCAACCUCAGCACAUUGCACUUACAGCCCUCUACCUUGCUCUGCACACUUACGGAGUCCAGGUGCCUGCAGGAGAAAGGGAGUGGUGGCAGGUUCUAUGUGAGGACAUUACCAAAGACCAGAUUGAGGCCAUAAUGACUGAGCUACUGCAGCUCUAUGACAUGGAGGCCAAAUGCACCUGAGAGGAAACCGAGUGUGGAACAGACCAUGUAAAACAGACUACACUGUAGUCUAGAGUCAUUUUUCCCCUAGAACACCCCUACACACACCCCUGAGAACAGAGACAGUCUGCAUCAUGGACUAAAUUCCAAGAAUAGUUUUUUGCUUGGUUAUUCUGUGAUCUGAAAUUAUACAGCUGGAUUUUUUUCACAGCUAAGGAAGUUGUCAAAGUGACAGUGCCAUUGCCCACACUAAUGUGAGGUAGGGUAAUGAGGACUGAGAGUGUGAGUCACCAGGUGACAGUCAGAAAAGCAGGCUUUAGCCACAGUACAUCAAUCAGUUUCCAAGCUCAUGUCCUACUUUCUUUUCCUCCUUUGUUCUAGUUUUUUUUUCUGGAAAGGAAAAAGGGAGUGUAAGAAAAGUAGGGGGAAAGGAAGAAUUAAAGACGAAAUCUAAACAAGCCAAACUGUCAUGGGAGCUUGUCUUUAUUGGACGUAAAACAGCUAAAUUUGGGGCACAGCUUUGAUAUGCUGUAAUAUGCUAUAAUUUACUUACACACUUUCUCUCCCAUUAAAACAUAUCCCUAUGGGUCUCUGAAGUUAUAUUACAGUAUAUUUUAUGAUGCUGUAAAUCAUGUACUUUUUUGUUACUUUAGUAUGUGUCUUUUUUAUGACUAGUAUACCAUUAGUGUCACAUGACCCAUUUACUCUGGAGUUUUUACUGUAUAAUCAGAUUAUUACUGCAUAGACAAACAUUUUCAGGGCAGAAUAAAUUAAGUACAAGUCAAACUGGGUAAAAAGCUAGUAUUAAAUAAAAUCAGUACAUUGCAAUGUGUAUUAUCAAUCUCAAAGCUGUGGAAGCCUCAUGGAGAAAACUCAAACUUAACAGUUUUCAUUUAGUUGCCUAAUAAAGCUGAAAUGGUGCAUAUAAUAUUUGUGUCUGAAAUGACAGUCCAAAUCAUGCUUUUAUUCUAUUAAGUCACUUUUGGUAGUACAUAGACACAAACAUUUCCCAUCUCUCUGCAGGCAGGCCCUAAUGCUAGGCAUUAUGAAUUAUGAAGAGGGUACAUGUGCAGCCGGAAUCUCUCCUAUAAAUAAAACAUCAGCAUGGCUCUUGCUAUGGCAUAUAGUGCUUGGAAUAGGAAGGAUGGGAUUGAUUGAGACUAUAGCCAUACCCUGUUUCCCAUUCUUCUGCUCUUCUGCAUGCCUGCCUUUAUACCUUUAUUUUUUGGCAUAUCAUCUCUGCCCGCUAUUUUUCUCCAUAUUUUAUGAAGCCAAAUGCAACCAUUUUUUCCCCUUGUAACUGUAUCUAGUCUUUGCUUCAUAUUGCCUCCUGGGGUCUUUUUCUCACUAACUCUUUUUGCCUACUGUGUGUGCUCUUUCUUUAGCUCCCUCUGCCUUUUAGCCUGUCUUACAAUCUAAAUCCUUCUACCACUUUUCCUUCAUUUCAGGUUUUUCUUCUGAUUUCAUUGAAUUUAAA